UCCGGACGUGCAUAUAUAUAUAUAUAUAUUCACGAUAUUAUAUCGUUGCGAGCGGCUAGCACGCGUUCGAACUUCGGCACACUGCGCGCGUGCCACACCAUCUAACAGCGGUUACGUACAUCGUAAACGACUUUGCCGGUCAGUCGCGGACGUGGACGAGUGCGGUCCGUACCGGCGUCCGAUCGGUUCCGACUGGGCUUUUGCAUGCGUGUUCGUCGUUUUCGUUGACGUUUAAAAGAAAGAAAAUAAUGAGAAAGAGCUGGAGAAAAUCAUACAGUAGCGUAGCAUAUCAUACCGCUUACGAAACCGUAGUCGACGUGGUCGUUAUUAGUACCGACCGACGUUGUUACGGUACACGUUUGACGUGGUUGUUCGCGCUUUAAACUUGCGACAGUCGUUUUUUUGUAGCCGCACACGCGUUUCCAUCAUAAUAUCAAGAGAUUAAAGCGGAAAACGUUUACGUUUACAAUUUACAUCCAUCUGGUUUACGAGCUACCCGCGUCGACGGCAGAGAGUCGUUCACAUCGCUGUAAUCGCAACGUAUAUCACCAACGGUUAUUCGUUUACCGGUGUACUCGCGUGACGAUCACGUUCACGGUGGAUCAUCUCUGCGUGGACGUCACUUAGGAGUAGAUCGCAUUCGAAAACAAUGUCGACGACCGGCACUGCUGAAGACCGUCGGGAUACCAUCGCUGCGAUCGACCGCUUUUAACGACCCGGACCGUUGUGGCCGGACGGACGGCCCGUUAUGAAUAUUCGAGGAGCGGCCGGUGGCAGCGGCGGCGGAAAUUCGCCCCCCGACCCCGGGUAUUCGGCUGCUCUGGUGGACGUGGGCCGGAAAAUGUUGGCCAUGGAGGGCGUGCAGCCGGCGAUCAGGACCGGGCCGUCGCCGGUCGCGCACAACGGCCGCUAUUGGACGCCGGAUCGGCGCCGGGAGAACGCCGAGACCGUCCGGUACAUCCGGUGCCUGGUGCAGACUUGCGAGACCAUCAAACCGUGGACGGCCGGAAAUCGCGGACAGGCGUCGUCGUCGGCCACGCCACGGGCCAAGAUCACGAUGGACCAGUUGCCGCGAAUAAUGCAAAAGAUACUCGGAAACAAAAUUCGGAACAACAGGGAUCAUAAAUUCGUCAAUAACUGGACGCCAAGUCAUUUUGUCAACGACUGUCUGUUUUGGCACAACUUCUACAGGCACUUUCAUCGCUCGUCCGACUUGGUAUUGAGCGCGCACUUGUGCGAAGAAGCACAAAACUGGGCAAAUAAUUUGGCACAUACUGAAACGUUCGCCUAUCAAAACAAAAUCAACUACGGUCAAAAUCUAUUCUGCAGAAAACUAACAGAUAGGACAGUCGAAAUCGAAGGGAAAGAUGUGGUUCGCGAGUGGUAUUCGUCUUCAAAAGUGUAUAAGCCAAGGAAGAACCCGAGAAUGUACUCGGCAAACAUAAAUUCGGGUAAUCGUCGCAAUUCGGUUAUCAUGUAUACUUGUGUGUGUAUAGUGUGUUUGUGUGUAUGUGUGUCGAUGUCCUUUCACGCAACUCGUUUGGUCAAACACGAAAGAGUUGGGCGUCGGGAAAGCGUGCAGCCGUUCGGGCAGGAUGAUCGUAGUGGCCAAUUACCAUCCGAAAGGCAACGUGAACGGACAGUAUGCCAACAACGUGCACAUGAAUCAAUAUUUCUUACCUGUAAACAAAAAAAAAUUAGAAAUAAUCACGAGACACUGAGAAAAACAGAUCGUUUGGGCGGAUAUACCAACAAUACCCGUUCUCUGGUAGCCGGGUCUUUUUUUAUUAUUCUGUACUUUUUUCCGCUGCUCGUUUGGAGAUUGAAUUCGGUGCGUACAAUAAUGCGGAAAACUAUUUUAUGUUUCCAUCUCACCGAUUCGACUUUAUUGACUGCAAUAUUCGAGAUACUGUUGGACGAAAAUCAAUUACAACAAUAUGUAUGUGUGGACGCUUUUAUUACAAUAGGUUGUUGUCUAUGCGGUUUUACAAUGAUGAUUUUCGUUUCAAUAUUUACACGUGUCAAUACGAAAAUUGAUUGCUGGUCACCGCAAUUCUAAUGAAAUGCACGGCUAAUACG